GGACCGAGAGCAUUGUGGCAUUGUGAAAAUCGCAUGAAAAAUCGGGAUGGCAGCUUUCAGACUUCUCUCUGAUAUAAGUAUCAUAUGAUUAGUUACUUGUCAAAUAUAAAAAUUUUGGAAAUUCUCCGAAUUCUUCUCUUUAAAAAUUCUUCCUUUAAUAACCAAUCGCGUAGUGUCUGUUCAUGUUUUCUUGCUGAAAAUCUUUUUAGCAUUCCGUUAGUAGUCUAGUAUAAUACAUAGUCUGUGGCACAAAACGACUUUGUAGUUCACGGCGCUCCACGAGAGGACUUCAUAGUCUUUCCUGUUGACGGUUGAUCCAAAAUUGGUGCAAAAGUCAAAAGCGUCAAAGAGAUUGGCGACUCUGAAUAAUAUUGUUGCGUGUUAUUAUUGUGUAAGGACAAAAAACUAAAAAAUAAAAAACUAAACAAUAGUGCAACUAUGUUAAACCAGGCGGUGGUUGAGGCUCUUUAUUCGGCAACAUAUAUCGAAAAUUACUUGGACUGUGUGGAAAAUCUGCCAAACGAUUUGCAGAGGCACGUUUCUCGUUUGCGGGAACUGGAUGCCACUUGUCAAACAUAUUUACGUGAAGUUGAUCAGCAUCAAGAAACAUUACAAAGCGAUACAGAUCCUGUGAUAAAAAGGAGAGCAUUGCUAAGAGUACAGCAAGCUCUGAUUGCGGCGCAAGAAAUAGGAGAUGAAAAAUUACAAAUUAUUCAGCAAGUACAAGAUCUUAUAGAGAACAAAUCUAGGCAGUUAGACUUAGAUUAUCGGAAUUUAGAUUUUGGAAAGGAACAAGAAAGCUCUGAAGUUCGUGAAUCAAACAUGAACAACAGUUCAAAUACCACAAGCCAUACAAACAACAUAGAACGCCACCCAAAACGUGCCAGAAGAACAAGGACUGAAACCUUGAUGGAGUCAGCCCAUUCCAUGGAUAUAAUGGAUAGAAUGACAGAGACAAGGUCUUCGACGAUGUCUAACAUAAGCAAUGGAAAUCAAAAGAAAACAACAACAGCCACUACUGGUAAGAAAAAGAAACGAAAAUCUCGGCAAGGCACUCAACAAAAUCAACAUCGCGAAGAUACACCGCCUCCCCCAGAGGAUGAUCUUGCAAUAGAUCCUGAUGAGCCAACUUACUGUCUAUGUGACCAGAUAUCAUAUGGCGAGAUGAUUCUUUGCGACAAUGAUCUAUGUCCUAUAGAAUGGUUUCACUUUUCAUGCGUUUCUUUGACCACUAAGCCUAAAGGUAAAUGGUUCUGUCCCAAGUGUCGUGGCGAUCGACCCAACAUCAUGAAACCCAAAGCACAAUUCCUCAAAGAGCUAGAAAGAUACAAUAAGGAGAAGGAGGAGAAAUCAUAGCAAGAACACAGAGAAAAAAUUUGAGAAUUUCGGAAAACGUGAUUGGACCUAAUCUAGGAUUUUAUGAUAUAUAAAUUUUAAUUUUGAACUACAUGUGUGUGUAUUAUGAUUGUAUUCUUCGAAAUAUUGAUUUCUUCUUUUCAUGAAAUCAUGACAAUCUCUUAAAUGUAAAAAUAAUGUUUCUAUUGCAUUUAAAUUGUAAAGGUUAAAUGAUUGUACCUAAUAUUUAUGCCUGUACAUACAUAUAAAGUCACAUUAAACGAUUCACAAGUUUUAUGUUUAAAUGUAUUUUCUUUAUUGAUAUUUUGAUUGUUAAAGACUUAUUGAAUAGAACUGGGAUAACUUUGGUACUUUUGCACACGCCAAUACUAAUAGUAUCGUUUCUCCAUGCUUAAGCUGAUCACGUGAUGUUUUGUGCAAUAUUUAAUCUCGCAUAUUUGAAAGCGAUGAAAGAGCGUUAGAUUUCAUGUACGCAACUAUGUUAUUCGCACAAGGUGUAGUGAUUGAACGCUAUGAUGGAGAAAUCAGAUAACUCUUCUUUUCCAGGAAUUCUCCGCUUAUAUUGUAAAAGUUAUCCGGGCUUUACUGUAAAAAGAAUAAAAAUAAGAGUUUAUGUAAAUAAGUACAAAAUAAUUGAAUUAUUGGAAAAAAUAAACAUUUAAUAUUUAAAAUACAA